AUGAUUUGUGAAGUUAUACACCGUGUGGAGAUUCAGAUGAGCGCCUGUAAAGGGGCAUCCCUGAGCUCUCCGGUCCGGUUUCCACCCCCACCCCCCACCCCCGCCCCGCCUCUUGCCCCUCGAGGUCCCGGCGAGGCUGCGGCGUUUCCCGGCUGCGUCUCGGAGCAGAAGAGGCCCUGGAACCCCGGGGCGCCGCGCUGCCCUCGCCAGCAGUCGGCACUCCGGCUGCCAUUAAUUCGGGGUAACAUUUUAACAAGACUUUGCAGUGACUUGAAUUUAGAAGGCCAAAGAUCUCACGUUUGGUGCUUUAAAACACAAAAAGGCCCAAAAGCCGGGAGUGUGGGUCCAGGAGAGCACCGCCAGCGGGGCCACCCUGGUAACGAGGACCCAAGGACUGCGACGUCGUGCGCUUGCGUCGAGGCGUUUCGAGACCUUAGCUUUGUGGCCUGGUGCCCGCCCAGCGCGGGUACACUCGGCCUGAAACGAAUCCGGUUCCGAGGUGGGAACGAGGGCUCCGCUUUUGUGCUGGUCCGGGAGCCUGCCUGCCGCGCGCAGGCUUCAGAAGGUCGUCUGGACGUGACAUCCGGGACUGACUUUGCUCUGGCUAGGGGAGGGGGUUUGGGUCUCGGCGGGCUAUUUUCUGCUGCGCGUAACGUUGAACGCAGUAUCCGCGGGCUGCGCUUUACCGAGCGAACGGAGUUCGCGGCCGCGUCUGCGCGGUCCCGGCGGCGGGAGCGGCGGCUCUCCGUGGGCCACAUCGGUGCAAGAAAGGACCGGUGCCCCGGGCGCCCGCAGUGUCACUGUGCCGGCGAGGGCGCUGGCCGCGCGGCGGGCUGGGACUGGCCAGGAGCGGCGGCGGUGGCGGGUCCGGCGCGGAGCAGCGCCCGGGACAUGCCCCACCCUCGCUCCUACCCCCUCCCUGGCGUCGGGACUGGUGGCGGGUCCCGCGGAGGGUGGGGUGGGGUGGGGUGGGGGGCGCGGGGCGGCGGUGACGACCAGAGCCAGCCCCGCCGCGCGCUGCCCGCCGGCAUGACCGGGUUGGGCACCUGCCCCGGGGCCGACUCGCCGACCCCCUCGGGGAAAGGAAGGUGCAGGGGGAGGCGGCGGGGAGCAGCGGGGCGCCGGCCGGGGCGGCGGGGCCCAGCCAAGGGCGAGUCUCGCAUCCGGCGCCUUCUAGGUGUGGCCGAGACUGAGCGCCUUCGGCUCCGGCCGGGACGGACCCCGCGGGCCGCUCGGACGCGGGGGCGGGGGACACAGCGUGGGGGCGAGGGCGAAGAUAACUGGGAAGGACUUGGGAGGAGUGGGCUUUUGCGGGGCAGGCGCCGGGAAAAUCCUGCGUCCCGCGUCAGUGGCCUUACCCUUGAGAACUCGCUCCUAAAGGGGUUUUUUUUACCUCCGGGAAACCAUGGAGCAGCAGGUGCACAAUUGUCUUGGGGGCGGGAGAUGAAAUUUUAAAAAAGGGUCGAGAGCAAAGUCUCGACCAUCGCCAGGUAUAAAUGUUAACACGAAAUUUUGCGCGUUGGGGAAAGGUUUUCAAGGUGUCAGCUAACCAGGCAAGGCCCUCCGCAAAAGGAAACUCGAAUCUCUUAUAAAGAGCGGAUUUCUUCUUCAUUCUCAGCCAGGCGGUGGAUGGAAAGUUCCGAUGGCGGUGCUCCGCUCUGGACCCUGCCCUUAAGUUGCCUGCCUUCCUGGGGCCGGUGGUGGCCCUUCCAGGCAGCUCUCUGGGCCCGUCAAGGACUGUCAUACUCCAAGACAGUCGGCUUCCCGACACGCUGAUUUGGCUGGAGUGGUGAAAUCUGCCCCAGCAGUCACUGGC